AUGACGCUCCACGCUGUUGCCGUCCUGAUCCUCGCUCUCUCUGCAGCCGAGGUGUCCGAGGCUCUGAACUUCUUCCAGAAACACGCCACCGCCUCCGAGUUCGUAAAUACAACCAGCGCCCCGGGCCUGGAAAACAACACGCGCGCGCGCUACGAGAAGUUCAAAAGGCAGCACGUGGACAAAAAGAUGACGGCGCAAAAAUGCACGGCAACGAUGAAACGGAAGAAGAUCUACGACGACAAUAACGUCUGCAAGAAGAUGAAUACGUUCAUUCUCGCUGAUGCCAAGGAAGUCAAGUCUGUUUGUAGCGGUGAAGGCGUUUAUAAUAACGCAAGUCAUUACACGGAGAGCAGGAAGAAGUUCAGAGUUGUGGUUUGUACGGUCAAGAAACAAGCCAGGAAACCCAAAUGUGAAUACAAGGGAAAAUGUCUGAAUGACAGAGUCAUUGCUGUGAAUUGCCAAGAUGGUUUACCUGUGCACUACGCAGGAGAUCACAUGUAA